AUGCUCUCCUCCACACCAGCCAUUCCCUUGCAGAGCAUUGACCUCGACCAAAACGGGCGACGUCUGAGCCUGCGCACCGCUGGCGGCCUCGAACUGUUUACCAACCGCGACGCGCUUCCGUCCCCAGAGCAUCUCACCCCCAUCGAAGGCAACACGCCUCUGGCCUCUGGUGCCGCAACGCCGCGCUCGGAAAAUGGCGGAGGAAACAGCCGUCAGCCAUCGCACGUCAAUGUCCAGGACCACUUUGUCGAAGGUGGAGGAGGCCUGUACAAGGCCAACUCGCGCGGAGGUCUCUGGCACGACAAGUACGAGGUAAGUGUUUAA